CCGCUUUGGCCCAGGACCCCGGCCCCACCGCCCCGCCCGCGCAGCAGCCGGGGAGAGGCGCGCAUGUCCGCCGCCCGCGUCGCCUUCGCGCGCGCCGCGGGGGCCGCCGGGCGCCUCCGCGGAGGCCUGGCCGUGGAGGGGGCGGCCGCCGGCCGCGAGCCGCCCAGCUCCGUGGCGUCGGGCGCGGGGCGCUUCUCGGCCUUCCUGGGGGGCGGCCACGCGCUCCGCGCGCAGGGCCACGAGCCGGCCAGGACAGAGCUGCCUGCAGUCCCUGCUGGAGGAGCUCGCCUGCGCCACGUACGCGCCCGUCACCCAGGCGGGGCGGCUCCUGGUCGCCAGCCCUCCCUGCGAGCUGGGGCGCCGGCCCAGGCUGCAGAGGUUCGCCGACAGGGACGCGCCCUAGGCGAACGUGCAGUGCCGGGGCGGUGCACCUGCGACUGCCGGUUGCGCGCCGUGGCGCGCCUCGCCGCGGCCAGGGCGAGGGCCGCGCGGCUCUCGGCGCCGGCCGGCCGGCGUCCGCCGCGCGGUGCGGCAGCGCGGUGCCGCGCGCAAGGGCGCGAGUGA